AUAUAAUUUAUAAAACAUGAAGAAUAAUAUAACAGGUGUGUAUAACGAGCUUGAUGAUGAUCAAAUGUUCCAAUUCCAAUUGACAGAACUUGGCUCCUCAUGUAAUAGUAAGAAUCUCAGUCAAGGAUAUCUACCUGAAAUUAACUGAAAACUAGAAGAUGACAAACAGAAGAAAUGUAAUGGAGCUUACUGUCAAAAAUUGGCUAAAACUGAGCAACCAAAAGAUACCUCUAUCAAUGUAGGAUCUUUUGAUAAAAAGAAGGUGAAGACUAUGCACUCACAAGAACUGCUUAUCCAAGAAGUUACUCAUAAUACUUCUCAUCUCUACCAAGAUGGCAUAACUAGAAAAGAAGAUGUAAAUGAAAUUUUAGAGCACAGCCCUUCUACCGACAUCGUGAUCUCUGAUGAAGAAAGUGUUCAUUUUAGCCUCUUCGAUAGUCCUUCUCCAACCCAGUUUGAAGGGAAAGAAUUUGAUGCCCUAAGUGAGCUUAUCCUAUCAUCAAAAUUCGGCCUUUAUUGAUCAGGCAGCUUCGAAGAUUCAAUAGACCAAAAAAUUUUACAGGACUAUCCUGAGGAGCAAACCGCUUGUGGCUCCCCUGCACCAACAAAGCAAAGCCAGGCCAAGCCUAACUGGGAGAAGGUUAGCAAGAACCUCUCGGAAAGUGACUUUGCUGAGUUAGAGGAAAUAAAGUUGCCCAGGAGGAAUUCUUCCAGCGAGGAUAAGGAACCAAUGACUGGUGAGGAAGCAUUUGAGUACCUAAGACAAGCGAUUAUUCAGAAAGAAGAUUUCUUUAUAAAGGAGAGGGAAGAGCCUCGUAGAGGCAGACCUGAAAAUGUAGCUACCAACAGCAUGAGAAGAAUGAUAGACAUUUUCAGGGAGUCUUUAAAGAAUAAAUGAACCCAAACCAGAAAGAACAAAGAUUCGAAAAGACCCGAUGCUAUAAUCACUAUUGUCUUCAGAGCAGUGAAUAAGGAGUCGAAUAAUUUUAUGCUCAAAACAGGUUCGAAGUGAAAGUUCAAGUCUGAUGAUUUUGGGGACUAUUUCAAGUGCUGGGUCAAGAAUUAUAUCAGAUUUUGCUGAAAGUUUCAUUCUAUAUCAAAUCCACAAGAGAUGGAGGAUCUCUUUUUCUACCACAUUGUGUUGAGCUACCCCAGGAAUAAAGUUCUCAAGACUCUACAGGUUUUCUUUGAGGAUGAACCUGUAAAGCUUAAGAAGUUUGAAGAUCUUGUUAAAGGGAGGAGCAAAACUUCUAAAAUUGCUAUCAUUGAAUUCUACACAAAGAACCCCUACUUCAAGAGGGUUUUUGAUGACUUUGAAAAGAAAAUCAGAGAUCCAGCCUUGAAUUUGAUCCCUAACAAGGCUGCAAGGGAAGAAAUGUUGAAAGCAUGAGAGAAAAUCUCCAAAGGAAGAUAACCAAGGCAUCUUUAAUUUACUUAAUAUUUUCACAAACUUU